AUGUCUCGUGCGUCGAAGCUCACUCUCGCGGCGACCGGUCUGGGGACUGCUGGUAUCGUCUACUUUGUGCACUGGGCGCAGGAACAAGAUCGUGCGGCUAUGCACCGUGGUGUCGAACGGGAUAUGGAGAAGCAACGGAUUCGUCAAGAGCGACAGGCGGAGUUCGAGUUGCAGAAGGCGCUGGAGAGGGAGUAUUUAAAGCUUCAGACAGUCCACAGCACGACGGACGAUCCACAAACUGCAGGGAAGAAUCCGAACACCGGGACAUAA